AUGAUUUGCACCCCCCCUCUUGGACACCCCCUCUUGGCCGCUCCCGAGGUAGGGUUGACACGUGGUUCCAUCAGGUUGAAGUUGGCGCCCCGACAGCUGCCCCAGAGGCGGCAUCGAAGCGGGGGGUUGCGGGGGCGGCCCCGUCGAAUCGAAUCACCGUGUUGGGAUGGGCGCUUCUCGUGCCAUCGGCGGUAGCCCGACUGCCCCCGUCGCAACUGCGGUGCCACAGCGCCAGCGGAGGCAGUCUAUCUGUGGGAAAAGAGGGGAUAGAGCAUUCGUUCCCGGCGGAUAGCCCAGGGUCCAGAGAUUGUUGCUGCUUCGCGUCAUGAUAUGGUCAGGAUGGCUCGAGUUUGGCUUUGUGUAUACGUGCAUGCAUGUGUGUGGGUCCCGAUUCUAAAUCUACACCCGCGCCUGCCCCCUUGCAAAGAUCAUGCUAUGCGUGACAUGCCGCGUGUACAGUGCACGGCCGGCGCGAGGUGCCGAGCUUCGCGGGCCCCGCCGCGCGUGGCGCGACGCGCGUGCUAUGCUGUGCGAAAGCGGCGGUGCCAAGAGUGCAACGGCGGGAGUGCCGUGCCUUCCAUUGCGGGCCAUGUCGCGCGUGGGGCCACACCGUUUUUGCAUGGUGGCCCAUGCUGAUCAGGACUGCUUUGCCGUGGGUGUUGUGUCUUGCCUGCCGUGCCUUACGUGAUUGCUCCGUGUGUGCCGUGCUGUGCGCGCCACGCCGCGCGUGUUGUGCCGUGUGGGCCGUGCCAACACUGCUCUGCAUGCGUGCCGCGCAGUGUUGUGCCGUGCUGCUCGUGUUGUGCCAUGUUUUGUCUGCCGUGCCUUGCUGAUUUUUGCGAUAUUCUGUUCAGGAUCUCCUGGCACCAGGGUGCAUUUUUGUGUCACCAGUAGGACCGAAUGAAAGCAACUGCUGUGCAGGCGGCCGACGAGUUGUAGCUCGCAGACAGGAAAUCGAUACACAGAUGCUAUGGCGUUUUUGGGUGAGCCGCGCCUUCGGCUGUCAGGCGGGCAGUCUGCGUACCGUCGCCCCCACAGGUAGGAGGCGCGGGAUAUCGUCAUGCGAGACGCCAGCGCAGCCCAUACACGGAUUCCGCGCUCGGUUCUGUGGCCCGAGUGGUCCGAUCGGCUGCCUGUGAUUUGGCUGACGCCCCAAGAGCCAGCUCGACAGUCGCGCGGGCGCGACGUCCUACCACCAGCGUCGCAGACCAUUGUGUCUCCUGUGCCGCCCGGGUUGGCAACCGAGCACAGUGGCCUGCCUGUCGGUCCGACUGCCCGACAGCCGCCCAGGAGAUGACGCACGACCUCGAGAUGAACUUCAACAAGAUUGCACCUUUCGGCAAGGAAGACACCGCGAAGGAGCUCCAGGACCACGCAGCCAAGACGCAGGACACGCUUGUGGACGCCGUGGAGAACGCCGAGGUCGCAGAGAUCAAGCGGGCGGUGUUCAGGGCCUUGACCCGGCUGCGCGCGGCGACCAUCAAGGAGUUCGACACCAUUGCCCGCUUGGAGACGCAGGCCAUCGACGCGUACAACGACGCGCACCACUACCGCGCCGAGAAUCCCCUCGCGCACCUGCAUGAGGACGAGGCCCCGGUGGAGACGGACAAGCUCAAGUCAUUCCAUUGAGUUCCUGUGUGCGCCGCCCUGUCUUUUUCCCUGCGUCUGCCUGCGCAGGCCAGGUCUGCUCCGGCUGCUCCCUGCUUCAAUGAUGUUGCCAGCGCGUGGUGCUCGUUUAUUCCUCCGGACGCGUCACUUCGCAUUAGACCGCAACCUGCGCCACUCAGGGGGACAGAUGCAGAAAAUGUGUGCGUCA